AUGACAACGCGCAAUAUUGUCAUUAUUGGAGGUGGUAUAAUAGGUUGCACUACAGCCUACUACCUCACCAGACACCGAUCAGCCUCUCCGUCAAUCCAGAUAACCUUAAUCGAGGCCUCGGAACAUGGUCCAGCUCAAGGAGCGUCAGGCAAAGCAGGAGGGCUCGUCGCACGCUGGGCUUAUCCAAAGGAAAUCGUGGACGUCUCGUUCGAGGAGCACGUCAAGCUCGCGGAGGAGCACAAUGGGAAGGAUCGGUGGGGAUGGCGGUAUGUCGCAUGUGGGAGCUGGGAAGGGCGUGGAGACGUCGUCGACGCAGUAGGAGGCACGAAGAGCCUGAAGAAGACGCUGGGAUUACCUGGAGGCCAGAAACCCGCGCCGUCGCGCAAGAAAGGAGGCCUUCCUGAAGAUCUCCUCUGGGUGAAGGAGGAGCUGACAGAUGUGUACACGCCGAUGGCCAAGGACGGGGCGACUGCGCAGGUACACCCGUACCUGUUCACGACCAGCAUGUUCGAGCUCGCCAAAGAAAAGGGCCUGAAUUUCAUCAAGGGCAGAGCGAUAUCCAUCUCUCGCCAGGACGGGCGAGUCACCGGAGUGGAGUACCUCGACCCGACCACACACGAAAGGAAAAGCAUCCCCGCCACGGACGUUAUCCUUGCUGCGGGUGCCUGGUCGCCUACCCUUCUUCCAGAGCUGCCUAUCACGGCUACCCGUGCGCACAGUAUCACCAUCCGCCCGGCGGAAGGCGUCACGAUCGCGCCGUACGUGCUCUUUACAGAGAUCGACGACCUCGCGUCUGCUACGCACUCGUCCCCCGAGAUCUACGCACGGCCGGACAACGAAGUGUACGCCUGUGGUCCGGGCGACGACUGCCCGCUGCCUACGACGGUGGAUGACGUUGUGGUCGACGCUGCGUCGUGCGAGCUGAUCUACAGCCACGUCGCGAGCAUAUCACAGCAGCUUCGCGAAGGCACGGUAGAUAAGCGCCAGGCGUGUUUCUUGCCGACUGUCAGCACAGGCGGAGGGCCGAUCAUUGGCGAGGCGACGCGGAUUGCGAAAGGCUUGUUCAUUGGAACAGGGCAUACGUGCUGGGGAAUAUCGAACGCUCCAGGAACUGCGAGAGCGUUAUCAGAACUCGUUAUGGAGGGGAGGAUCAAGUGCGCUAACCUGAAGAAAUUACACCCCUCCGUCAUCCUGUAA